CACGUCUACCGUGUCCGGAAGUGGAACGUAGCUCCUCUCGACCAGCUUCGAGGUUUCUUCAUCUUUUUCAUUCCGGUCUUUUGUCGUUUGCUGUCGUGGAAACUCUGCAUCUUUCUCGCUCCAGCGAAGCGACCGGGUGUGUGUGUUUGACGUCCACCGGCCGCGAGGGACGUUUCGCGGAUAGAAACUUUUAAAACAAACGUCUGCCGGGCAUCCCAGAUGGCCAGCUAGCUAGCUAGCUAGCUAGCUAGCUGACAUGCUAACAGGCGGCCAGCUGGCUGUUGGUUUGUUUACAGUUGGUUUGUUUCUACAGAUUUCGUGAAAACGGGAGGAUGUGUGUGUUGCUCAGCUGUAACCGGGCUGAGGUUUGACUCUCUGUGUUCACGAAGCAGUGAUGAUGAUGAGGAUGAUGACGAUGAGGAUGAUGAUGAUGAUGAGGAGGAGCUAACAGGGAUUUAAAUACUGUGACUGGACUUUAACUGGUGGUCGUUUUUUGCGGGGGACUUGAAAAAAAUGGAAGAUAAAUACAGCAGCAACGUCCUGUCGGGGGGGCAACUGGGCAUGGUCGAGGUGCCCAACUCCAGGUUAACCCGGUACAUAGUUCUACUUGUCGUCUCGAAGGUCCUCAAGGCUCUCGGGAUCUUUGAGUCGUACGACAUCCUCAAAGUUGUUCACAUCGUCCAGUUCAUCUUUAUACUCAAAUUAGGGACUGCUGUUAUUCUGCUUUUCUUUCAAAAGCCUUUCUCGUCUGGUAAAGUCAUCUCACGACGACAGUGGAUAAAGCUUCUGAAACACGCUGUUUUCAGCUGCGUCAUCUCUCUCCUGGGAUUCUUUGGUCUAACUCUCUGUGGACCUCUGAGGACGUUGUUGCUGUUCGAGCACAGCGACGUGGUGGUCAUCGCUCUCCUUGGCGUCCUGUUCACGAGCUCAGGCGGAGGCCCGUCCAAGACCAGAGGUGCUGCGCUCUUCAUCAUCGCCGUGAUCUGCCUCUUCCUCUUCGACAACGAUGACCUCAUGGCGAAGAUGGCCGAGCACCCUGAGGGACAUCACGACAGCGCGCUCACUCAUUUCCUCUACACGGCCAUCGCCUUUUUAGGGGUUGCGGAUCACAAAGGUGGAGUUGUUCUGCUGGUGGUGUCCCUGUGUCUGAAGGUGGGCUUCCACACGGCCUCCAGGAAGUUGUCGGUGGAAAUUGGUGGAUCAAAACGCCUCUACGCCCUCGACAACCUGGUGUCUGCCAUGGUGCUGCUGCCCUGGGUCAUAGUGCUGUCAGCCACCACGGAAAGUAAAGUCGAGUCGUGGUCGUCGCUCAUCCUCCCGUUCGGCAUGAUCAUCUUCUCCGUGAUGAUUCUGGAGUUUUACGUGGAGGCCGUGUGCAACGCCAAGAUGGAGGCGCCCCGGUGCGCCCGCUACGGCGCCGUUGCCCUCUUCCUCAGCGCCGUGCUUCUCGCCAACUUCUGGACUCACCCGCUCACGGACCAGCUGCGCUCCAUUGGCAAGCCGCCGCAGCAGGUCAGCACGGAGCACGUGCUCUCCGGGGGAGUGUUGGUCAGCGCCGUGUUCUUCAUCAUGUCGUCCAGCAUUCUCUCGUCUCCUUCGAGGAAAGGUCACAAGGGCACCCUGGUGGGUUACUCGCCCGAGGGAACGCCGCUGUACAACUUCAUGGGCGACGCCCUGCAGCACACGUCGCAGUCGCUGCCGCGGUUCAUCAAAGAAUCGCUGAAACAGAUUCUGGACGAGUACGACUCCAGACAGAUCUUCUAUUUCCUGUGUCUCAACCUGGCUUUCACCUUCGUGGAGCUGUUCUACGGCGUCUGGACCAACAGCCUGGGCCUGAUCUCCGACGGCUUCCACAUGCUGUUCGACUGCUCCGCUCUGGUCCUGGGCCUGUUCGCUGCCCUCAUGACCCGCUGGAAAGCCACCAGGAUCUUCUCCUACGGGUAUGGUCGUGUGGAAAUACUUUCUGGCUUCAUCAACGGCCUGUUCCUGAUGGUCAUCGCUUUCUUUGUCUUUGUCGAGUCCGUCACCCGCGUGUUGGACCCUCCCAAUAUCAACACGGACAUGCUGACUCCGGUGUCUGUCGGAGGGUUACUGGUGAACCUGGUGGGAAUCUGCGCUUUCAGUCACGCUCACUCCCACGGCGCCAAAAGCUGCCCGUCCAGUGACCACGGCCACUCGCACCAUGGCCACUCCCACAGCGAGCACAGCCACGGAGGUCACGGCCACUCGCAUGGAGGACACGGGCACGGCGGACACGGCCACGGCGGACACGGCCACUCCCACGGCUCGGGGGGCGGAGGCAUGAACGCCAACAUGAGAGGUGUUUUCCUCCACGUCCUGGCGGACACUCUGGGCAGCGUCGGCGUGAUCAUCUCCACCAUCCUCAUCCGGCAGUUCGGCUGGCUGAUCGCCGACCCCAUUUGCUCGCUCUUCAUCGCCACGCUCAUCUUCCUCAGCGUUAUCCCUCUGAUCAAAGACGCCUGCGAGGUUCUCCUCCUGCGAACUCCCCCGGAGAACGAGAAGGAUCUGAACAUCGCGCUGGAGAAGGUGGAGAAGAUCGAAGGAGUUCUGUCGUACAGAGACCCUCAUUUCUGGAGACAUUCGGCCAACGUGGUCGCGGGAACCAUCCACCUGCAGAUCAUGUCGGACGUGGUCGAGCAGAGGAUCGUACAGCAGGUGACGGCCAUUCUGAAAGACGCCGGCGUGAACAACCUGUCGGUGCAGGUGGAGAAGGAGGCGUACUUCCAACACAUGUCUGGACUCAGCACCGGAUUCCACGAAGUUCUGGCGAUGACGCAGCAGAUGGAGUCCAUCAAAUACCUGAACGACGGGACGUGCAUCAUGUGACGUGUGGGACCAAAUGAAACUUUUUUUUUUUCUUCUUCUCUGAAAUGUACAGUGUAAUUAUUAUGUGGUUUAAAUAAAUCUGAAUAUAUUGCUUUUA